AUACACUAUAAAUAGCGCCUCAGCCACAUAGGGGCAGAUCUGGGAGGCACCGCUUUUCGCUUUCGCUGAGAAAAAAAAUAAAAAAGGGAAAAAAAAAACAAAAACAAAACGCGAGCAAAUCUCCUUGGCCGGCCACCGCCACCGCCGCCGCCUGCGCCGUCGCGGCGGUCGCCAUCGCCGCCGGAAGCCGCGGCGUCCGUGCUGUCCGCCUCUGAGUCCUCGCGCGGUCCCCCUCGGCCUCGACUCCCGGAGGUGCCCUCGCGGGUUCGCCUGCGCCGAUCUCCACCAUUCCGCGAGCAGCGGCGGGUGGUUGCCGCCGCCCUGCUGCCUCCGCCUCCGGUCCGCCCCUGCCAAGUGUUAGUGUUGAUUUGGACUCAGGGAUUCGAGCGAAAUGAAUUCCCUAAGCAAAUCCGACAAGAAGAGGGCCCUAGAUUUUGCGGCAUGGAGUUUCAACAUCAGCACAUCGGUUGGAAUCAUCAUGGUGAACAAAGCUCUGAUGGCUACACAUGGAUUCAGUUUUGCCACAACAUUAACUGGCCUGCAUUUUGUGACAACCACUUUGAUGACUAUCGUGUUUCGGUGGUUAGGCCUCAGCCAGCCUUCCCACUUACCACUACCAGAUCUGGCUAAAUUUGUGAUAUUUUCGAAUCUGUCGAUUGUUGGAAUGAAUGUGAGCUUGAUGUGGAACUCUGUGGGGUUUUAUCAGAUAGCAAAGCUUUGCAUGAUACCUGCAUCAUGUCUCCUGGAGGUCGUCUUCGAUCAUGUACAUUAUUCUCGGGACACAAAGCUGAGCAUAAUGGUUGUGCUUAUAGGUGUUGCAGUCUGCACAGUUACUGAUGUCAGUGUAAAUGCAAAAGGUCUGGCUGCUGCUGUUAUAGCUGUUUGGAGCACAGCUCUGCAACAAUAUUAUGUGCAUUUUCUCCAACGAAAGUACUCUCUGAACUCAUUCAACCUCCUGGGCCAUACUGCUCCAGCCCAAGCAGGAUCCCUUCUGCUAGUGGGUCCCUUUGUAGAUUACUUGUUGACAGGCAAAAGGGUCGAUCACUUUGGUUUCACAUCGCUUGCUACGUUUUUCCUCACUCUGUCAUGUGUCAUUGCCAUUGGUGUUAAUCUGAGCCAAUUCAUCUGCAUUGGUCGUUUUUCUGCCGUAUCCUUCCAAGUCCUUGGCCACAUGAAAACAGUGCUCGUCUUGUCGCUUGGGUUUCUCUUCUUUGGCAAGGAAGGUCUGAAUUUUCAGGUAGUCCUUGGGAUGAUCCUUGCUGUUUUGGGAAUGAUAUGGUAUGGGAACGCAUCAGCGAAACCAGGUGGCAAAGAGCGGCGAAGCGUUCUUCCAGUAAGGUCUGAGAAGCUUAAUGGAGCAUUAGACGAGAAGGAUGGCAGUGAGAAAUAGUAUCUGAUCUACGAUUUAUAUGAAAAUUUCUUCUGUGAAGUUCCUGGUGAUGCAAGGAUGAUAUUCGAAGAAAACCUGUCCUUUUCGUUUACUGCUGAAGCGGUAGAUUGUCCAUCUAGAAACUCCGCCUUGUCAUAGCUAUAGGUUACAGUUAAUAUACACUUGCCAUCGAUCGCAUUUUUUGUUCUCCUGUACAUUUCUUAUGGGGAGACAGCUGAUACUCUACCGGGUUGCAACUUGCAAGACAGUUGUCCCAAAAGACAGUGUAAUUGUUUGUGAUAACAUGGAAUUUUCAAUUUCCAUCUGGA